AUGGCUAGGUCCUCUCUCCUUUUCCUGCUGGCUCUGUCAUUAUCCUUAGCCCUGGGAACCACUGGAAAAGAAGAUCAGGGCAACAAGAGCGGAGAUCGGAUCAUCGACGGCUACCCAUGCGAGAAAGGCUCGCAUCCCUGGCAGGUGGCCCUGCUCCGAGGGGACCAGCUCCACUGCGGGGGAGUGCUGGUCCAUGAGCGCUGGGUGCUCACCGCUGCCCACUGCAAGAUGAGUCAGUACACUGUGCAGCUUGGCAGUGACCAGAUCGGUGACAACAACGCUCAGAAGAUCAAGGCCACCAAGUCAGUGCGUCACCCUGGCUACUCCACGAAGACGCAUGCUAACGACCUCAUGCUAAUCCUGCUGAAUAAGCGCGUCAGGAUGUCAGGCAAAGUGAAGAAAGCCAACCUGCCCACCGGCUGCGAGCCUCCUGGGACCUCCUGUACUGUCUCUGGGUGGGGCACCACCACCAGCCCCGACGCCACCUUCCCCAAGAACCUCAUGUGCUCUGAUGUCAAGCUCAUCUCGGCUCAGGACUGCAAGAAGGUUUAUAAGGACCUCCUCGGCAAAACCAUGCUGUGUGCUGGCAUCCCAGACUCCAAGACCAACACCUGCAACGGUGACUCGGGGGGACCGCUGGUGUGCAAUGACACCGUGCAAGGUAUAGUGUCCUGGGGAACCUUUCCCUGCGGACAGCCCAACGACCCGGGGGUCUACACCCAAGUUUGCAAGUACUCCAAGUGGAUAAACCAAGUAAUAUCAAGACGUCGCUGA